GUCCUGGGAGGCAGCCAUGUGGUUAACAUUGUGCACAGUAUAUUUUUUCUCCUCUUCUCUCCUUUUCCUUUCAGACAUGCAAAAUUGUUCCAUGCAGCCAUAAAUGUGUCUCCCUGCUGCACUGCCUCUGUCUCUUCUCUUCCAGAAACUCAAGGGCCUGAACUAGCAGGCAGAGAGAUCCAAAAUCUGCUAUCAAAUCUGGAUGGAAACUGGAAAGGGGAUGAAUAGCAGAAAGCAAGAAAGAGCAAAGUUGGUUAUUUUUCUGGCACAUGGAUGCAAUUACACUCAGUGCAUUCCAGAGGCGUUCCUUUGAAUUCUGUGCAGGUCUGACUGCCAUUCCUGGAAGUAAGGAAGAAAAAGGGAAGAAAAGUCUCUCUCUCUCCUGGAGACGGAAUGUCUGCACUUUCCACCCUCUUUCUAGCUUCCUGCUUGGUUUGGAUGUCUGGGGCUCAGACAGCGUUUAAGAGGGUGGCUGAGGAAAACGUCACUCUGCCCUGUCACCACCGUCUGGGCCUCCUGGAGCCAAGAAGCCUGGACAUUGAGUGGCUGCUGCAUGAUUCCAAAGCAAACCAAAAAGUGGUUAUCACCUACUCUGGAGGCAAUGUGUAUAAUGAGGUGAAUGAGGGGCAAAAGGGUCGAGUUUCCUUCACCUCCAAUUUUCUAGCUGGAGAUGCCUCCUUGCAGAUUGUAUCUCUGCAGCCAAGCGACGCAGGGCAGUACACGUGUAAAGUUAAAAAUGCCGGGCAGUACGAGUGGCAUCAUAUCACCCUGACAGUUCUAGAGAAACCUUCCAAGCCCAAAUGCUGGGUGGAAGGCGAGCUUUCUGAAGGAAAGGAACUCUCCUUACAGUGCAAUUCUGCCUCCGGCACAGCACCCAUCUUGUACCAGUGGCAGCGCAUAAGUGAUGAGGAAGGAAAAAUGGAACACUUGCCCCCUACGGCACGAGUCAACUUUUCUAAUCCUGGACAAGUUCUAAUGAAGAAUCUCACACAGAUGGCUACAGGGUUAUACCAAUGCACUGCCUACAAUGAGGCUGGACAAGAAAAUUGCUUUGUGCAGGUGACAGUCCAAUACGCACGAAGUAUUGGCAUGGUCGCCGGAGCAGUGUGUGGGGUCCUGGUGGGGCUGUCCUUGGUCUUCCUGAUUGUGUGGCUGACCAUAAGGAGGAAAGAAAAGAAGAGGUAUGAAGAAGAAGAGGCCCCAAAUGAAAUCAGAGAAGAUGCAGAGGCUCCCAAAGCCCGUCUAGUGAAACCCAGCUCCUCUUCCUCUGGCUCCAGGAGCUCACGUUCAGGCUCAUCCUCAACCAGAUCGACAGCCAACAGUGCCUCUCGCAGCCAACGGACUUUGUCCACGGAAGCCACCCCUCAUAUAACUCCUUCCCGGUACAGCCGGGUGGAGACAGAGGGGAGGGAAAUUGAUCCAAAGAAAGUUAACCAUGCCACCCUAGUGAAAAUGGGAGCCACCCCAGUCAUGUUGCCUGCUCAGAGCCGGGCCUUCCAGACCGUUUGACUGCUCACCUCUGGUCUGAAAAAUCCAGCCAUCCAGAACUACAGUACAAACCACCAGCCAUAUAAGCAUCUUUAGAUUAGCUUAUCAUCUUGGUUCUUUUUAAAACCACUUCUGAUUAUUUACUCCACAAGAAGCCCUGUCAACCUCCUCUCUUUCUGCAUAUUUCUACACUGAGGUUCAGACACUGAUUUUUUUUUUUAAGAGACCUGAAGUCGGAGGGAAAAAAGGGGCUUUAUUUUGUUGUUAAUGCUUAAAAAAGGGAAUGUUGGAUACUCUAAAAAUACAGCUGAAAAUUAGAACAGCUGAGCACUGUGAAAAUUAAAUGCAAUGUUCUGGGGUCUGGUAACAAAUCUCAGGAUUUUUUUUUAAAAAGGGAUCACCUGAGGCACAAGACAUAAAAUACUUCAGGGGAGUUUGAAAACAUCUUUAAUACAGGUUUUUGAGACAUUCUCUUGUCCUCUGAGGUAGUAUCUUAGUUGGAGAGUCCUCUGAUCACCUUCAAAGGAACUGACCACUGCAAAUACCUUUUAGCAAAAUAACUAUAGGAGACAAAAACUCAAAUCACAUGGCAAGUGAUAACUGAAAUCAGUAGUGAGAAGUAGCAAGAAUAUAGUAGAUAGAAGUAACCUUUGUGCUGAAGAAAGGACUUUGUUAUGGGGAUGCAAGUACUGUAAUUGUAAGAGGAAACUGAAGACUAAUCAGGAGCCUGAAUCAGAUCUUGUUAACACCAGUGUAAAUCAGCUAAAGGUACUAAAAAAAGGUACAAUCAGCCUAAGUGAGAUCAGAUUUAGACCUUGAAUCCCAGAUAAAGGAGGUCCCUUGUGUGGUGAGGGCUAGUGAAUGAACAGCAUAGGAAGUCUUGAAGGAUGAACUUGGGGUGUGCACUUCUUGGUACCAGUGAUGAUAAUGCACAAGUCUGGGAUGAGCACUGUAGCAGAAGCCUUGUGAAUAGUCCCACAGCUAAAUGAACAAUGUGGUGGAAUUGUUUCGCACACCUCUAAGAAAGAGUUGAGGUGCGUUGGUGGAGCAUGUUGGGAAGUCAGCAAACAGGGAACAUGCAACAAAUUUAAAACUAAUUUGAAAUUAAAUACUUGUUAUACAAUAAAGUAUAUUUAAUUCACCUAUGAAACUCAAUGCCACUUGGCAUUAUUGAGGUAAAAAAAUAGCAUGACUCCAAGUAUUAGACAUUUUCAAGAAACACACAAUAGAGCAGAUUAGAAUAAGCCUUUAUGAGAUAUUUGUUCUCCAAAUUGUAAACCAGUAAAUGAUGAUAGUUAGGGAUACAUGUCCUUGGCUGGCAAAUUAUAUCAUAAUUGUUUAGCAUAGUAUUUAUUGCAUCUUCUGCUGAAGCACUUGGUACUGGCCAUGGUCAAGCACAGGACACUGGACUAAAUCGACCAUUGUUUCUGAUCCAGCAAGUCCUAUAAUGUAGUAUUCCUAAAUUCAGGAAUUAAUAAUUAUGGUAACUGAGUUUUAUUCUCACCAGUGGAAGAGGUUUUCUCCAUCCCAUGGAAGAAGUCUAAUCCAAUUGGAGAUGUACUAUGCAGAGAAGUGAGCAAGUUUGAAUCUGUAAUUGUUUCACUUGAGGGAUUAAAGUUAACCUCUUUUUCUGAUAGAGGUCCACCAUUUUCAACUGUACGAUGGCGAUUUUAGAAAAUAAUGACUUGUGAUAUCUUGCAGAGGCACCAAAACUUGAUCAAACACAAACCUCUGAAUGUUUCUUCUAUCAGAAGAUUGUGUUCCAUAGCCAUUUGGGGGAAAUCCAUGAAGAAUAAUAGAUGGCCUCUAUUCUUUGAGAACUUCACUUUCUAGUAACAGUAAUCCCCUUAAUCUUUAAAUGUGAAAAUAUUCACUUCCUUCCCUUUAGCAAACUACAAUGUUAUUACUCAGAGGUGCAACAUAUCAGCAUUGCUGUGCAGGGGGAACAGUCUGGUGUCACAUCCAAUCUUGAAAGCCCAUUGGAAAAGCCCCAAAGUAUACCAUCUUUUGGUUAGAGCCUCUGCUUUCGUGCUACAGUAUGCUGUGUUGUCCAUUACAUUGCUUUACUUUGAUCUUUUCGUUACUAGCCAAAAUACAAAAAAGUUUCUCACUGAUUGACCCCUUUAUAAGCAGGUGGCUGAAAUUAGUAGUUUGUCUACAAGUGGGGUUGCACCCAUUUAACUAAGCAUGUGCUUUAAAAAUCAAUAUAGUUAAACCUGUGCAAACAACUUAAAUCAACAUUAUAACUAGUUUGUACUGAUGUAGCUUGCAUUGAUUAGAAGCAAGUUGAAACUAAACUGAAAUAAGCCAAUGUUAAGCCAAAAUGAGUGUCUAUCCAGGAGUUUGCACCAGUUUAAUGUUUUUUCUACACUUAAUUUAGUGUAGUCAGAAGAUUUAGAUUGUCUCAACUAUGCUGUUCAGGAGUGUGGAUUUUUCAUAUCCCUGAGCACCACAGGUAGGUGGAUUUACUUGUCUCAUGUAGACCAGGCCUAAGUUGAUUAAAAAAAGAAAUAUUUAAGUUAAACCAGUGUAAGUUGUGUGUGUGUAGUGGGGUAAGUGGGACUUUAUAGUGCAUAGCUUUUUUGUUGGUGUUGGCCCUUACACAGAGGUGAAUCUCACCAGUUGUUUGGUGAUAGCCACAAUUUUACAGUGUACCCCUACUAAGUUUGCAGACAUUGCUGGGAACAUGUAUUUCAUAUAAGUAUUGUACUAAGUUCCUCAUUACAGAAAUCUUCAACUCAGCAAUCAGAGGCUUAUUACUAGAGAAUGGAGGUUAAGGAUUUGAAAAGCUGAGUUGUCUGAUGCCUCGAUACAAGAUACUGUAUAUUCUUCUUGAGCCUUCACUGAAUAGUCUAGAUUCCCAGCCCAAACUGCCAUUCUUUAACUGAAACUAGCAAAGUACAACAUGCCAUGAUACUGCUGUUCAGACCAUACUAAUUAUCUUACAGGUUACAAUGAAGUCAACACUGAACUUCACUGCUGAGUAUGAAACUUUAUUUUAAAAAAAAACAUAAAAGGGAAUGUGAGGAAGAUAUUAAUCACAAGCAUUUCAUUUUUCAAAGGGAUAUUUUCUGCCUUCAUCAUGGUACAAUCAGGAGUUUUUUGAAGGGAAACAGUUCAGUUAAACCAAACUUUUUGUAAAAUAUAUUGUAUUUAAAGCAUUUACUGUUAUGAUGUAUACCAGUUAUCGCUAUAAUGUGAUUGCAUACAUUCUUAUGUAGUUUUCUUUUGGUUCUCAGCAGCUAAAUUGGGUUUACUUUUCUAAUACUUGCUAUAAUUGGUGUACUUGUCCUGUGUUUGAGUGACACAGAGGAAAAAAUAUUUAUUAUAGAUUCCUUUGAAUCAACAAUUUAAUAAAACUGUUUAGGGGUUUCGGUUUUUGUUUUUAAUAAAGAUGCUGCACUUAAGGUCUGCAGUUCAUUUAAACUAGUAAGAAUGCUUUCUGAGCUCUAUUAUACUCUACACAGUCAAACAAGACACCAAGCAAAAGCCCUGUGUUGAUAAUAGUGUCUUGAUAAUUCUGUACUUACAAUAUUUGGUGAAUUAGAAAUCCUGAGGAAAUCACAUUUCCAGCCCC